ACCCUCUCUCUCUCUCUCUUCAGUAGGUACUAGGUAGAGUCUACAGAUAAGAGAUGUUGCAGACAGUGCACCCAAGGAAGUCGAAUGGUGGCAAUCAAAUUACGACAAUCAGAAGAUCCCCCAGAUUUCAACCUCGGGAAGAGGCCUAUGGUAAGGAACCUCAAGUAUGGAAGAACCUAGAAUGUUCUCCACGAAUCGUCGCUGAAAGCAAAACCCAUUCUCGUUCUACUCUCUCCUCCGUGAAAAGCACUCUUCCGAUGACAACUCUUAGAAGAUCUCCGAGAUUUCGUUCUCCAGAAAAUCCGUCCGGGAAUGCUGUAACAGGAAACCCCAAAUCGACGAAGAACCGGGUUUGCUCUCUUUCUAAUACCAGUCCUGUGAAAAUCCAUUAUAAAUCCAUUCUUAGCCCGAAGUCGACCGCAACUGUUUCUCUGAAUAAAACCCAGGGAUAUUACCCCAAAAAGAUUACGAGGAGGACGACUGGAUCGUGUGGUCUGCCAGAAAUUUCUGCAGAAUCGCUCAAUGUGUCAAGAAAAUCCACAUGCCCUUUGGAUGUGGGCGAGAGUUUACCAAGUCUAAGACGAUCGUCGAGGUUCUUUAAUAAAGAAAAUGCCUCUGCAUUUGUCGCCAACAAGGCCGGGAAUAACCGGGCAGAACUAUUGGUUUGCCGUUACGAAAAUGAUUCUUCAAAUAAAGGGGUUUCUGCAGAGGUACCCCAGAAAAGAAAUUUGGGGAAGAACCGAUCCAGAAAUGUUGAAGUCCAAAGGGUUUUCACCAAUACUGCAGGAAAAGCUGGGGAGGGCGUUAAUUCUACGGUUUCUACAGCAGCGACGCCAAGGGGAGUGAAGAAAAUAAGCGAUCUUGCAAACGAGGGGAUUCGGGUUCACCCGAAAAGAAAGCAACACGAUGAAGGUUGCAGUCCUCAAGGGUGGACGAAAGAACAAGAAACUGCAUUGCGGAGAGCUUUCAUAACCGGAAAGCCGUCGCCCCAUUUCUGGAAGAAGGUUUCUAAGCUGGUUCCAGGAAAGUCUGCGCAGGAAUGCUUUGAUAAAGUCCAUUCUGACCUUAGUACUCCUCCUCACCCCCGACCUCUUUCCCGGGCAAACAGAACAAAUUUAUCCUCAUUGGAUCAAAUCUCAGUCUCUGGAAGUGAACUCCUUGAAACAACAAAGAUGAGUGUUAAAAGGCAAAAGAUCAGUAAACCGAAAAGUCGUCUUACACAGAAAACUGUGAGGCAUUUGCUACGGAAGCAUUAUCUUGCAGACCAAAGUUCUGAAGUCAGUCUUUUUUCAUUGCAAAAAGGCCUCGCAAGUCCUCUGGUUUUGAAGCAGGUUAAAAACAUAUCGUUACAUGAGAAGUACAUUGACCAGCUACAUUGCAGGGAAGCAAGAAGAACAUCUGCAUCUUCUUAUGCUGCAAAACAUAUUGUUGCAGAAUACGACGAUAAAGAGAGCCAUAUUCAGACAAGUGAUGUGGUCAAAAUAGCCAGGAAUGCUCUUGUUUCUGGUGCACAAGAGAUGAUCAAUGAAUUUAAACAUCUGCAAGCGAACAGUUUGGCCAAUAAUGAUGAUUGUGAUGAUGAUUAUGAUGAAGAUGAAGGUGAAGGUGAUGAGUUGCCUUGAUAAGCCUUGCUAAUUCAUAAUUUACUAUUAGCUAAUUGGAAGCACAGUGGCAUUGUGAAUGGUUCAAUCAUGUGAGGUAGUCUGAAUUUGUUGGGC